GUUGACAGUUUGCAAAAUUGUAUUCCCCCUCUCAAUUUUCCAAAAGCAAAAAAAGGCCAUUUGGCGCCAAUUCUCCUUUGUCUCUUUCCCACCUCCUCCCUACAUCGCCGACGAUUGAAAAUGCAGCGGCAGAAAACUUUACUUUCGUACCUCAAGAAACCUGCGCCGGAGGACCAAAGCUCCAGCGAUAACACAAUCAAUGGCCGGAAAUUUCAAAGUAAAACUGCAGUUCCGAUUUUUUCCACCAUAGACGUUAAGGAAGAAAUAUUGGGAACUGAAACUCCUCCUGAGAAGGGGCCGCUCCCGUUCAACAAUCGACAUGAUGAAAAUAAGUCUUCUGUUUUCUCUUCUAUUAAGCACAAGUUUAUCAAGGUCCAUAGCAGAGAAAAACCACGGGAUCUAGCGAAAGAUGAUCCUUGUAAGAUCUCCUCUGUUUGUACAAAAAAUGAAGGAUCAGACAGAUUGGGAAAUGCUUCUGUUUCCUUACAAUCAGGCACUAAUAGAAGUUUUGUUAGUUCUAAUGGAAACAGUAAUCAAGAGGGUAAAGGAUUAGUAUCUCUUAUACCAAGUGAUGAUCAUGGUUUUAGGCCAGAAACACCAAGUAUGCAACCUUUUGUACCUGGAUUAAAGCGAGUCCAUGACAACAUUUGUUCCUCAGGGGAUAGGAGUGAUUGCUUUUCAUUGAAUGCGAGCAAGAGAAUUAAAAGUCUUGAGGGCUUGAAUUUUGAAAGGAAGAACCUUGACGAGGAGUUUGAAAUGACUAGCAAGUUUGAGUGGCUUCAUCCAUAUCAAAUCAAGGAUGCGAAUGGUAGAAGGCCAGGGGACCCACUCUAUGAUAAGCAAACACUGUAUAUUCCUCCUGAUGCGUGGAGAAAAAUGUCCGCUUCUCAGAAGCAGUACUGGGAUGUCAAAUGUAAAUACAUUGACAUUGUGCUUUUCUUUAAAGUGGGAAAAUUUUAUGAGUUGUAUGAGCUAGAUGCUGAAAUUGGUCACAAGGAGCUUGAUUGGAAAAUGACACUAAGUGGUGUGGGAAAAUGUCGACAGGUUGGUAUAUCUGAAAGUGGAAUUGAUGAAGCUGUUCAGAAGCUCCUAGCGCGAGGGUACAAAGUUGGACGGAUGGAACAGUUGGAAACAUCUGAGCAAGCAAAAUCUAGAGGCUCUACUUCUGUUAUUCGUAGAAAACUAGUUCAUGUACUCACCCCUUCUACAGCAAGUGAGGGUAAUAUUGGGCCUGAUGCAGUUCAUCUUCUUGCUGUCAAGGAGACUUGGAAUGAGCUGGGGAAUGGUUCAAUCAUUAUUGGAUUUGCUUUUGUCGACUGUGCUGCUCUGAAAGUUUGGGUUGGUUCCUUCGACGAUGAUGCAUCUUGUGCAGGUUUGGGGGCUUUGCUGAUGCAAGUGUCACCGAAGGAAGUUAUAUUCAAUGCAAGGGGUUUGUCAAAGGAUGCUCAGAAAGCACUGAAAAAAUAUUCAUCAACAGGUCCUGCAGCACCACUCCUAUCUCCAGUUCAGCCAGGUGCUGAGUUUGUUGAUCCUGCAGAAGUAAAAAAUUUCCUCGACUUGAAAGGUUACUUUAAAGGAUCUUGUAAUAAGUGGGAUCACGCCGUUGAUGGAGAGAACCAUGAUGUUGCUUUAUGUGCUCUUGGGACUCUUGUUAAUCAUUUAGAGAGAUUGAUGUUAGAUGAGGUCUUACAUAAUGGUGAUGUUCUAUCAUAUGAAGUCUAUAAGGGUUGCCUCAAAAUGGACGGACAGACACUUGUCAAUCUUGAAAUCUUCAACAAUAAUGCCGAUGGGAGUCCAUCAGGUACUUUAUACAUGUAUCUUGAUAACUGUAUUACAUCACCUGGGAAGCGACUUUUAAGAAGAUGGAUUUGUCAUCCCCUCAAAGAUGUAGAGAAAAUCAACCAUAGGCUUGAUGUGGUUGACAGACUUGUUGAAAAUUCAGACGCCACAUUAUCCACUGCUCAGUAUCUUUGCAAGCUUCCAGAUUUGUGUAGGCUGCUUGGACGGGUCAAGGCUAGCAUUCAAUCUUCUGAAGCACUCCUUCUGCCCUUGAUUGGUGCCAAAAUAUUGAAGCAGCGAGUGAAAGUGUUUGGGUUGCUCGUUAAAGGGCUACGGAUUGGGCUGGACUUGUUAAGAUUGUUGCAGAAGGAAUAUCUGACCUCUUCCCUAGCUAAAGUUGUAUCCUUGCCUGUUCUAGAUGGUGACAAUGGGCUUGAUAAGUUCCUCACCCAAUUUGAAGCAGCAAUUGAUAGUGACUUCCCCAAUUUUCAGGACCAUAAUGCUACUGAUUUUGAUGCUGAAACGCUAUCCAUUUUGAUGGAGUUAUUUAUUGAGAAGGCUACUGAGUGGUCUCAAUUCAUUUAUGCCAUAAGUUGUGUUGAUGUAUUAAGAUCAUUUUCCAUUACUGCAAAAUUUUCUUCUGGAGUUAUGUGUAGACCAGUGAUCUUGCCUCUUUCAAAGCCGUCAAAUUUCUGCAAAGAGGCUGGUGGACCAACACUAAACAUCAAAGGAUUGUGGCAUCCAUAUGCUCUUGGCGAAAGUGGAGGACUUCAUGUUCCUAACAAUCUCCAUCUUGGAGGGAAUGCAAAUAUCCGUUAUCCUCGUUCUCUACUGUUGACCGGACCAAAUAUGGGUGGAAAGUCAACUCUUUUACGUGCCACUUGUCUGGCCGUCAUAAUGGCUCAGUUGGGUUGCUAUGUGCCUGGAGAAACAUGUGUGCUUUCACUUGUGGACAUCAUCUUUACACGUCUUGGAGCCACUGAUCGAAUCAUGACUGGUGAAAGUACCUUCUUUAUUGAGUGCACGGAGACCGCAUCAGUUCUUCAAAAUGCUACAUAUAAUUCCCUUGUUCUUUUGGAUGAAUUGGGUAGAGGAACAAGCACUUUUGAUGGAUAUGCUAUUGCAUAUGCUGUAUUCCGGCACCUUGUAGAGAUGGUGAACUGCCGCUUACUGUUUGCCACACAUUAUCAUCCACUCACUAAAGAGUUUGCUUCUCAUCCUCAUGUGACAUUACAACACAUGGCCUGCUCUUUCAAGAUGAAAUCUCAAAGUUCAUCUCCAACAGAGCAAGAACUGGUGUUCCUUUACCGCCUAGCCUCUGGAGCAUGCCCGGAGAGCUAUGGGAUGCAAGUAGCCCUCAUGGCUGGAAUCCCGAAAACUGUGGUUGAAUCUGCAUCGAGUGCAGGGCAAGUAAUGAAGAAAAUGAAUGGGGAAAGUUUUAGGUCAUGUAAACGAAGAGCUAACUUUUCAACACUGCAUGAGGAAUGGUUCAGGACUCUUCUGGAAAUCUCGAAGACGGAUGGUGGAUUUAACAAUGACAAUGACCUAUUUGAUACAUUGUUUUGUUUGUGGCAUGAACUUAACGCUGAUAGAUCCACUUGCUGAAGAUGUUGGGUCUUUUGAAUAGAGCAUUACGCUGUGAACAUAGGGUGUACAUGUUCCUACAUGCGGAAAAGGGUCAAAAUGUUUUAUUGGUCAACUUUAUCUUUGUUAUAUUAUUUGGUCAAUUUUAUCC